GCAGAAAACGGAAGUCGGAUACAUAAAUGAAUGUCAAACGGUAGCAUGGUUUGUUGUGUGUUCAGAUAACCCCGUGUAAAAAAUGUUUGCCUACAGUCUAUUUCGGACAGCAGUAGAACCGAGCGCUCAUUGCAUAAGAAGCGGUGCUGGAGCGUUUUUAUGCAGAACUAACACGUUUAACACAACACAGAUAUGCGGAUAUGCUAAGAAAGUUGCUUCCAAAGGAAAAGGUAAAGGCAUGAUGAAAGAGGAACUGAAAGGUCCAGAGGUGUGUAAAGACCCAGUCCGACUAACGUCCUAUGCUGUCGGGGUGAACAUCUACAAACAAGGGGAGGACCCCAAACUAAAGCCUCCUGAGGAAUAUCCUGAGUGGUUGUUCCAGUUGGACUUGGGGAAAGCCAAAAAGCUGCACGAGCUGGAACCUGACACCUGGGAGUACUGGAAACGUCUGAGGAAGGAGAACAUUUGGCGCUACAACAGACUGCACAAAGGGAAGAAGCUGUAGACCCUUCACUGGACUGACAUUUGGCUUCCGUCUGUUUGAGCGACACACUUCACAGCUGGGGAUGAAUAACUAUGAAAGUGAUGGGACGUUUCUAUGUAACUAAUGUCUGUAAUGAGGGAAUCUAUUUGGCACUUGUCCUGCAGCAUGGUUACUGUAGUCAGAAGAUGAACAGAAGUGAUUUCUUUCCUUUAUUCUGUUAGGAAGGCGCUGCACAAAAGUGGCGGUGGAGUUAAGUACUAAAACUCAAGAUCUACUGUUAUAAUAAAAGAUGGGACCUUAAAGCGUGUCUUUUCACUUUUGUGCUUGUUCUGCUUUUCUUUCAUAAACCAUAGUGAUUGUGCCUUUUUUUAACUUUGCAAAAAGCCCUGUGUGUUUCAGACAAUGUAAAUUAAUUAUGCGAUUAGAAUCCCACCUCUAGAAAUUAUUAUAAAGUAAUUGACUCCAAGAAAGUAGUACAUUU